UCGUUUUAUGGUCUUUAUGAUUAUUGACAUUCUGUCUGUUAUCACAUAAUAAUAUCAAAAUUUUGCCAGGCUUUUGAUUUAUCCUAGAAAAAGGAAAAUUGACACCAAACCCCCCUGAAAAGGGUGAAUUCCUCAGGCUACCGAACAUGCUUAUAACUAAAAAAUUCAGAUUCAGACUUGUCCAUGAUUGUUAUCAAACAGCCAAAAUAAGGGUGUAAUUUAAAAAUGAGUAUUAUUAGAAUAAUAUGUGACUGGAAAACCUAACAUCAACCUAAGAAAAUUUAAAAAGUAUCUAACAUGACAUGAUAUUGGGGAUGUUUAAGCAUAUACUACUUCUAAAUGUAAUAGAAUAAAAAACAGUCAGCUCACUUUGUUUAAAAGCGUGUACAUGAUAGUCAACAAGCAGGAUCAUGAGGCCUAAGUAAAGUCCAGGUCUAGUAGACUCCACGUUAUAAAAUAUAACUGAAAGAUGCAAGUGGUCUUGUCACAGGCCUAGGUCUAAAGCCUUUUAAAGAUUAAUCACAAGGCAAAAAUGAAAAAAAUAAGUAAAAUUAGAAGCGAUGAGGAUGAGCACAAACCUGAAACCUUGCACAGCAAAAGAAAACAAUUUCCUCCUUGAUUAAACUAAACUAAAUCAAAACAUUUUUGUGACUUCGCGACUAGGCUAUCAAACAACUGCCACCCAAAUAAUUCUUAGGUCAAGAAGAAAAUUUUUGAUUGAAUUGAUAGCAGGAACAUCAUUUUUUAUUUCCAUAUUAAUGUUUCUACAUCCUUGAGACAUUCUACUUUUGAUUUACAGCAAUCUUUGCAGGCUUGGUUUAUUGUACUUUACUCGAGUGAAUUGGAUCGUCCAGCCUGUGAGAACUCCUGAGUUCUCACCAGAAUUUCGCUAUACUUUUUCAAUGGAUAAUCUAUGUCAGAGUUUCUCACCAGCUACGUCAGAGUUUCUCACCAGAAAAAAAAGAAGACAGAAUUUGAUUGUCUUUUUCAACUCGCGCACGAAUUUAAUUUAUUUUUGAGUUCUCACCAAUUCAUCAGCUUUAAACCAAAAUUCUGCCCUUUCAUUGGCUGACAAAACAACAGCUAAAUUUAUUUCAAAGAUGAAACAAUUGUCCAGAUUAAUGAGAAUUUUUUAUCUCAUUCAGAUUGUCUUCAAACUGGCUCCUACGCAUCGUUAAGCUACUUAGUAACUCAGAGACAAACUAGGAAGGUUUGUCUUUGGAGUAAAAUUACAUAAUUUUUAACCUUGAUUUUUGCAAUUUCAUUUUUCAAGAAAAAUGAUGUUCUUUCUCAUGUGAGAACAAUGAGAGCAUCUGGAUCUGCCCCGGAACUAGGUAUUAUCAAACUGUAAAAUACAUUUCGACGCAGUAUUAGAAACUGAUUCAUACAUCAAAAGGAAAGUAGUAUUGCACAGGUUCCUGGUAUCAUAUCUCUUUACAUGACAGCAAAAAUUUUCGCCUUCUGUUUUAUAAUUUUUUGUUACACUUGAAGAUGUAUAUGUAUAUGUAGAUAUAUAUCAUGUUGAGUAGGCCUAAGUCUAUAAAUGGGCUAUAUUUCAUUAGAUUUUGAUCAUUACCAUUGAAACUGUUUUAUGUGAAAUGUCACUCAAAAAUCUUAUUCGAAGUUUUCAGUGAUUUUGAUGAUGCUUAGAGAGUAGUAUAGUCAGAUUCAAUAGAAAAUAAGUUGCAUGAAAAUGGCUGUUAAAGGGGUUGUUAAGAAAGACUUUCUCUCAAUAGAUUUAACCAAGGAUAGCGUUCCUUUUUUAAUUUUAAAUUCAUAAAAAUAGACUUGAAAGCUUUUAGAAUAAGAAAUAAUGUGCAAUCACCUUAAGUUAAUUAGGUAUAUUUUCAAUUUUGCUUUGAAGAUUGAUUUAGAGCCUACCUUUUGUAGUUAUAGUUGUAUGUCAUUUUUUUGUAUUUUUGUUGUUUUAUUUUUGUAUUUGUUUCUACCUAGCAUCCGAAGGUAGUUUUCAGGACACUGAAACCUUAUGCUUAUCGAGCAGUUUUCUAGUCCUUCCUCUUGAUGUGACCACACCUCGUGAUUCCUAUGCCUGGAAUUACAAAGAGCUAGUGACUCUCCUCACUCUGGGUGAAAGUUUGGCCAUGCCAGGGACUCAAACCACAGACCCUUGGGUCUGUUGUCAGCACCUCUGACAACUGAACCAUCCUUGCACCUAAUUCAUCAAAAAUGUCAUUCAACAUUUAGCACCAGUGCCAAAAAGUUUCCAAAAGAAGCAUGGAAGAAUCACACCGCAGACUUCACGAAGAUUUUUGCUCAUUUUUAUCGGAAAUUCAAAAGUUGAAAAAAGAAGGAGAUAGUAUCUAUUGUUCUCAACCUUUAAAAGGUUAUUUGCAACAAGAUUCACAAAACUGCAGUGGAAAAAUCACCAGCAGAGUUUCCCAAGAGCCUUCUAAAAGAGAAAUUGAAGGAAGAAAGCAGUACCAAAGAACCUCUUUGAAGACUAAGAUACAAAUUGAUAAAAUUGAAGAAACAUUACAUGGUAAUGACAGCGAUGAAGCAGAGGCUGAUGACAAUGGUAAAUCUCUACAUGAUUCAAGAUUGCUAAGACCACUGAAUAAUAGUUUACCAUACAACACAAAUAAAGAGGGGUUUGAGGGCCAGAACUGUCAAUGCAAAGAUGAGAAUAAGAAGAGAUGGGUAGUGCACAAGAAAUACAAGGGAGAACAGUCAGUACCACGCUGUGAACCAUCAACAAACAAUGAAGACACACUGUACUGUUAUCGCAUCUCUGUGAACCCAGAUAUCAACUUCAAGGCAAGAUUUCCUACAGAAAUUUGUCAUCGUGGAGAUAUUUACGAGUUUGAUGGCUUCCUUCUGUUGACACACUGCUUGCUUGAAAGGGUACCAAAAUGUUCAUUCACUUAUUUUAAGAGACUAUACAGUAUUACACUUCAUUCAGAGAAUAUUCCUAAGAAAUUCUGCAUCAAAGACCUCGAACUAUUUCAUAAAUUGGUUUUUGAAGAGUAUUUUGAAAUCUCGGAUUGGAACAUAAGCGGUAUAGAUGCUCUGUCAACACUUUUUACAUGGCCUCUGUAG